CACAAUUGUCGUACAAUGGAGAAUCAACUGAAGGAGCUCAUCCCAUUCUUAAGGGAUAAGAAUCUACAGGUCCGACAGAUCGCCCUGUCAAAUCUGCUAGGGCAAACACCGGAAGGAUCACCACAUAGGAAUAUUUUUUAUCAUGGCCUCGGAGGAGCAGGCUUGCAGAAACCUAAGGAAACGGAUAUAAUCCGUGAUCUCAAGCUUUUAUGCCGGGAUCAACUCGCCGUUGCGCACGAUGCUUUCCGUGCAUUGGUUAAUCUCUCCGAUUCACCGCUGCUAGUGCCAUUUUUGUCAGAACCAGCCUUUCUCACCUUCUUGGUAUCUUACAUCUUGAAUGCAGACUCCAUACUUGCAGAUCUUGCAUCCAUGCUGCUUUCCAAUCUAACCGCUUCAUCGUCACCAUGCGCAGCCCUUUUAGCCUUGAAAGUACCCAUCAUUCACACACCAUCCUCACCAACCCCCCUUUUCCCAACCCAAUCCCGCUCUGGAACUUGUUCUGCGCCAGUACCUUAUCCAUCAGGAGAACCGCAGGAUAUCCUCAUUUUGCCGCUCCUUAUCGAUGCAUUUGUAGAAGGCGCAUCAGUAGAUCCUUCCGGAGAUAGAUCUUCCCGAAAACGAAAAGGAGAGCUGCACUUUCUAGCCUCUGUCUUCGCCAAUAUCAGCACGUCUCCGGCUGGUCGCACGUUCUUCGUCACUUUACGACCGACAGAUCCGUUGAAUCCCAAUAGUACCAACGAAUACCCUCUCGCCAAAAUAGUCGCGUUCACUGAACAUAAAGACACAAUACGACGUGGUGGGGUUGCAUCGACAUUGAAGAACUGUGCUUUCCAUUCACAAGCUCACCGCGCAAUACUAUCUCCUGACACCGAAGUUGUUGUCGUUCCUCCAUCGACGUUGUCUGCCCCAGGUAUCGACGCACUGCCUUACAUUUUGCUACCUUUAGCAGGCCCAGAGGAACUUGAUCUAGAGGACCAAGAAAAAUUGCCAUCUGCACUUCAGUUCCUUCCAUCCACGAAGAAACGGGAAGCGGAUUCUGUCUUGCGCUUGACGCAUGUUGAAACACUGCUUCUUCUAUGCACCACGCGAUGGGCCCGAGACUACCUCAGGGAACAUGGGGUGUAUGAGAUUGUCAGAGGAGCACACAUGGAGGAGACCGUCGACAAGGUAUCUGAGCACAUCGAGCGCCUCGUCCAGCUUCUGAAGGGCGAAGAAGGCGUGGAAAUAGCCGAUGGGACCGAUGUGGUGCGUGUUGGAGGUCAAGAAGAAGAAGAUGAUGACGAUGAAGAUAACAAAAUCGAAGAAGUAUAGUCGUCAAUUAAUUCUCUGAUUGAGAUUUUGUCACAAUUAAAUAAUUGCAUGCGCAAGCUUAGGCGGGACUGUUCUUUUCAUGCGACCAAGAAGUACUGCUUGCAACGAAGCACAUCUGUGGUGGUGGUGUACCGUUGCACUACAGCUUCUACUAGCUGGCAGUCAACCAAUUGGAAGGGUGAUUGGGGUCCGAAAGCAACUCCAAUAUUAGCUUACGCUUUUGAAGAGUUCUAUGGCUCGGCGACGAGACCGUCCACGGCGAUGAACAAAUAACUUUGAUUACCGAUG